AUGCUUCUCCCUCGGCUUGCUGCCGUGCCUUCUCGGCCGGCAUUGAGCGCCAGAUCGCAAUGGAGAUCCAUUCGCGCCCUCUCCUCCUCCGCUACCCGCCGUGACAAUGGCCUCAACAACGUCUCCAAGGCCAUUACCCAGCCCAAGUCGCAGGGCGCUUCGCAGGCCAUGCUGUACGCCACUGGACUCAAGGAGGAGGACUUGAACAAGGCGCAGGUCGGCAUUUCGUCUGUCUGGUACUCUGGCAACCCCUGCAACAUGCACUUGCUCCAGCUCAACAACAAGAUCAAGGAGGGUGUUGAGAGGGCUGGCCUCAUCGGCAUGCAGUUCAACACGAUCGGUGUCAGUGACGGCAUUUCCAUGGGUACCAAGGGCAUGAGAUACUCGCUCCAGUCGAGGGACCUGAUCGCGGACUCGAUUGAGACCGUUAUGGGCGGCCAAUGGUACGAUGCGAACAUUUCCAUCCCCGGUUGCGACAAGAACAUGCCUGGUGUCGUCAUGGCUAUGGGGCGCGUCAACAGGCCGUCCAUUAUGGUGUAUGGUGGUACCAUUGCUCCUGGCUGCGGUAGGAUGCCCAGGAACCCCAAGCUUGACAUUGUCUCCGCUUUCCAGGCCUACGGACAGUUCAUUACCGGCGAAAUCAACGAAGAAGAGCGCUUCGACAUUAUCAGGCACGCCUGUCCCGGCGGUGGAGCCUGCGGUGGCAUGUACACUGCCAACACUAUGGCCAGCGCGCUUGAGAUUAUGGGAAUGACCCUCCCCGGCUCCUCGUCUAACCCCGCCGAAUCCAAGGCCAAGCAGCUCGAAUGUCUGGCCGCCGGUGGCGCCAUCAAGAACUUGCUGAAGGAGGACAUUCGCCCUCGCGACAUUAUGACGCGCCAGGCUUUCGAAAACGCCAUGGUCCUUGUGAACAUCACGGGCGGCUCUACGAAUGCCGUUCUCCACCUGAUCGCCAUCGCCGACUCUGUUGGCAUUAAGCUCACUAUUGACGACUUCCAGGCCGUCAGCGACCGCACUCCUUUCCUUGCGGACCUCAAGCCUUCGGGUAAGUACGUCAUGGCGGAUGUCUUCGACAUUGGCGGGACUCCGGCCCUCAUCAAGUUCAUGCUCGCCGAGGGCAUCAUCGACGGCAACCAGAUGACCGUUACCGGUAAGACGUUGAAACAGAACGUCGAGAAGGCUCCCGGCUUCCCCUCGGACCAGCAGAUCAUCCGUCCUCUUAGCAACCCUAUUAAGAAGACUGGCCACCUUCAGAUCCUGCGUGGCAGCCUUGCGCCAGAGGGGUGCGUUGGCAAGAUCACCGGCAAGGAAGGGCUUCGGUUCGUGGGCAAGGCCAGGGUGUACGACGCCGAGGACGACUUCAUCCAGUCGCUGGAGAAGGGUGAGAUUAAGAAGGGCGAGAAGACGGUGGUGGUGAUCCGGUACGAAGGCCCCAAGGGCGGCCCCGGUAUGCCGGAGAUGCUGAAGCCUAGCUCGGCCAUUAUGGGCGCUGGACUUGGCCAGGAUGUUGCGCUCAUCACCGAUGGACGCUUCUCCGGCGGCUCGCACGGGUUCCUGAUCGGCCACAUAGUGCCCGAGGCGCAGGUUGGCGGACCCAUUGGAUUGGUGCGCGACGGCGACGAGAUUGAAAUCGACGCCGAGACGCGCGAGCUCAACCUGAAGGUGGGCGAGGAGGAGCUGGUGCGGCGACGGGCGGAGUGGCAGGCGCCGGCGCUCAAGUACAGCAAGGGCACGCUGUUCAAGUAUGCGAAGCUGGUCAAGGACGCCAGCCACGGGUGCGUGACGGACGCCGAGUAGGUUUACGUAGGUACGUAGGAAAGCGGGUCCUGGGAGUUUGUAGCGUGGGAUUGAGCAAUCUUGCGGGUGGAGCAGGCGCCUUCAAUCUUGUGCCAUGGGCAUAAAUUAAACGGCAGAUUGUCCUGAUGCGGCGCGUGGCGCUACUCGGGGGCCCAGGGUCGGGGGCGGCUGAUUGGACGGCGGGGCGUGGCCUCCCAUUAACCGCCCGCCCGACCGUGAUCGCCGGCUGGCUCGUUGCCUGCAAGUGGCCGCGGCGAUCACAGUUCGGCCUCCUUGCAUGCCCAGCAGUAAUCACAAUAAUAACCCGUGAGGGUGAACGAGGCCGCAGGGCUGGG